UGAGCAAAGGGAAAGGUGAGAAACUGGCGAUGGCGAUAUCAGUGUUCUUGAGACUUGACUUUUAGUUUUAGUCUUAUCUUGAGCAGUGUUUGAGCUAGUCCGAUGCUCUGACUCGAGGUGAAUGUGACCUGAAUACACAAAGGCGAACAUCAUAUGCCUGACUAUCUUCCGGACACUUCAAUAACUGAACUGGAAUUGUCUGUACCGAUGCCGAAUAGUUUCGACUACAGUCAUGCAACUGAAUGAAAUGAGUGUCUUGAAAUAGUGCCUUCACGUUCCGGAAAAGACAUCUCCACAUCAGGUCUGUAGUCCCGGCCAUCAUGGAUGGGGCAAGGACGUCAUGGGUCACGUUUUCGUUGGUGAUCGUGUUCGGAAUGGGCUCGUGGGUGGCGAUCAACGGGCUCUGGUCGGAGCUGUUUGUCCUGAUACCCUACACCGCUGAGCAGUACAAACUAACAGCCUAUCUCACCGUCAUCAUUCAGCUCGCCAACAUUGGUCCGAUUGCCUACACGAUUGCGGAGCGGUGCACGUCGGAAGAGAACCGCCUGCGCUGCCAGAGCUUCGGCGUGGCGGCCGUCGUCUCGGUCGGCACCCUCGCCUGCGUCCUGCUGAGCCAGCUGUGGCACAGGUGCAGCAUGGUCGGCGGCACGGAGCACAGCACCGCGCUGCUGGCGCUCUCCUUCUUCCUGGCGCUGGUCGACUGCACGUCGUCGGUCGUCUUCCUGCCCGUGCUGGCCCACCUGCCAGCCGUCUACAUGAGCGCGCUGUACAUCGGCGAGGGCUUCAGCGGCCUCGUGCCGUCGGCCCUGGCGCUCAUACAGCACACGAGCGACGCCGACUCGUGCGCCAAGCAGCACUGGAACGCCUCGUUCCCGGGCUGCAGCAACAGCACGGGCGUCUCCGUCGAGGGCGUCCGCUUCCAGCCCAGCUCCUACUUCGGCGCCCUGGCGGCGACGACGAUAGCGUGCGGCGUGGCGUUCACUCUGCUUCGCUAUCGCAUGGGUGUGUAUCAACGGUUACCGGACGGCAACAGUGACGGUGAACAGGUAUCAUCCAGCAGCACACAAUCUAACACGGAUGGCACGCAGUUCUUUGAGCUGAGCUGUAGCUAUGCCAGGCACCUGGGCUUUGACCAGGAGGUUCUCGCCCGUGGUGGCUCGCCGAAGACGCUCGUGCUUAUGUUACUUGCCAUCGCGUGGACGUGUGCGUUGUCCAACGGUGUCGUCCCGGCCAUCUCCUCGUAUGCGUACUUGCCAUACGGCCGACAAGCGUUCCUGCUGACCACCGUUGCUGGCAUUCUGACAGCUCCGCUCGCUUCCUUCCUCUACUUCUGGCUGCCGUCCGAGUCGAAAGCUCUUCUCGGCGGUCUGGUGUCUGUGCUGACUGGCAUCGCCGGGUACAUUCUCUUCCUUGCCAUCGACUGUGACCGUCCGCUGACGUGCCAAUCUGGGGGCACGGCCUUGCUCGUCAUUCUUGUUGUCAUCUUCAGUGCUUGUGUUAGCUACACGAAAGUUCUUAUCUCCACGGUGGCUCGUAAGAUGGCCCACUCGAGAGGUCUUCUCUGGGUCGGCAUUCUGACGCAGGUUGGCUCGUUUACCGGUGCCAUCAUCACGUUUGCGCUCACGGAGAAGGACGUGUUUGCGGAAGGCAGCUGCACAUGAUUUGUAUCCAGGUGUAACGAUCCUCUCGUCAUGUUGUGUGCAGUGUUCAUAGUUUCGUAGCUGGACAUGCCCUUAUUAUAACUGAAUCGUUGGUUAGAUGCUGCCUUACAAAGCAUUCUCAUUUGUUUCAGUUGAUUAAGUUUUAUUUCCUCCAUUCCGCCAUAUGAGAAACCCUCGAGACUCUUUUUUUUUUUUAAUCUAUUUUAGUUCCUGUGCUUAUGUUGCAAUCCUGGGCCAAUUCCCACUGCUCGUCGAGUAAUGUUGCCCCUUUGCGGUACCUUGUCUGCUGUUGAUAUAUUCUGUAAUCAUUGCCUUACUAGUAGUACAUGCAUGA